AUGGCCCAAAUCAACGACGUCGCCAAGCAAUUCGUAGAUUAUUAUUACUCGACUUUUGAUCGCAAUCGAGCUGAACUGGCUCCUCUUUACAAAGCAAAUUCCAUGCUCUCAUUCGAAGGUGCUCAAAUCCAAGGCUCACAGGCUAUAGUUGAAAAGCUUGUUGGACUGGCAUUCAAAAGAGUAGCACAUAAGGUCAUAUCUCUAGAUGCUCAGCCAUCUGCAAGUCCAAGUUCCUUGUUGGUUGCUGUGACUGGUCAAUUAUUGGUCGACGAAGAAGCACAUCCAAUGCAGUUUUCUCAGACCUUUCAGUUAUUGAUGGAUGGAGGCUCGUACUAUGUCUUUAAUGACAUCUUCCGACUCAACCUUGGUUAA